AUGCAAUAUAUGGUUUACAGGUAAUUUUCAAACGUUUUAUUGCAUUUAGAAAAACUAGCCGUGGUUUUGAUUUCUACUUACAAAAAAUUAAAAACAUAUAUUCAUGUCUUUGAUUUCUGUUACGUUUAUAUAUUCAUGCAUAUGCGAGUCACUUACAGGUUUAAAUAUUAUUAAUUUAAACCACAUUUCGAGAAACUCCGAGUGCGCAAUACAUGUUCAGGUGUACGACACACUGUUUAACCUGGUUUCAAAAGGGGUUUUAAACAAAAUCGAGGUCAUUCCACUUUCGGAAAAACUAGCGAACUGUCUGGGCCCAUAUGACCACUCAUGAGCUCUGUAGUUUUAAUUUCAGCUGACUCGUACUGUGAUUUAUUUUCUGCGUAAGGCACACCGACAUUCAAUUUAUUAUCGUGUGUAUUCUGUAAUUCUAAACAAGCUUUUGUUUGCAAACGUAACAUUUGACUGAAAAUUAUAAGUGCGUCUUCAUUAGAAAAGUAGGCCUGACUUUUUCUGAGUCGUGUUUUAUUGACUAACAUAUAUCCCAUACCGAGACCCUGGGUUAUGCAACACUUUGUAGAAGCUUGAAUGUACACGAAAUCGAUGUUAAAUCCAGAAACCAACAUGGAGCAUUGGGAUGAACUAUGGACCACUAAUUAUUUUAGAGUUAAAUUGUUUGUGAAAAAUGUUGUAUAAAAAAAUAAAGUAUGGCGCCACCCCUGCCAGCACCAGCCCCGCCUAGCCCCGCCUGGCCCCCUCAAUAAUGGCGGGGCUAGAGGGGGCUAUGAGGGGGCUAGGCGGGGCUGUGGAGGGGGCUGUGGCGGGGCAUGCAACGCGAUAGCCCCGCCUAGCCCCGCCAGCGAAAAAAAAUGCGCAGGGGACGCCACAUCCCAGCCCACUUUUGGCACCACUUUAAAAUAUCGUCCCCAUUGUCAAAUAUACGAAUUAAUAACACGCGCAGAUUGUAAACCGGUGGACAAAUAAGAGUUUAAGCAAUGAGGGACUUAAACAAAACCUCAAUAUAUUGUGCUCAUCCGCAGCUACAUUCAGUGGGCGUAAACGGAUGCUUUCUCCAUGGUUUAUAAGCCAAUUUUGAUAAAUUAGCUCCUUUAAAUUCCAAAGAAGGUACAAUAAGUGGUGCUUUUGGAACAUAUCUUUCGAUGCAAAUACGCUUCAAAAGGCUUCAAUCCAGAGGGGGCUCUGGCCCCGCCCAGCCCCCUCCAGCCCCGCUUAUUAAGGAGCCAUGUGCUGGCAGGCGGGGCUCUGGCCCCACCCAGCCCCUUCCAGCCCCGCCUAUGAAGGGGCCAUGUGCUGGCAGGGACCUUACGCAAGAUUUUAAGUACCUUGUCACUCACUUAUUACCAUGUUGCAAUUUAGCGUUUAGAAACGUUUGAUUGUGUGCUUUUAGUUAUUAAAAGACUAGUGGUUUGCUUAAAUUGCUGCAUACGCAAUCUACAUCACAGUUUUUGCGCUCAUAUGUACGUUGUCACAAGAUAUCCAUUUACCGGAGUCUCCUAGAGCAUACAUGAUUUAUGAGAUGAGCAACAACUAGAUAUCUGAGCAUUCCCACGCGCUUGCUCAGGCUGAGGAAGCCAAAAGAGUCAAAUGGGUUAGUGACAAAUAGUGUUCUAUUCCUGCCUUGUUUCUAGCACAACUUUAGACAUUUUUGGUCUUGGGGCCAGAUUUUUAAUCUGGGUGUCAUAUGUUUUAGACACGUUAGUUUCCAUUUGGCAAACACCCCUGCCAGCACCAGCCCCGCCUAGCCCCGCCUGGCCCCCUCAAUAAUGGCGGGGCUAGAGGGGGCUAUGAGGGGGCUAGGCGGGGCUGUGGAGGGGGCUGUGGCGGGGCAUGCAACGCGAUAGCCCCGCCUAGCCCCGCCAGCGAAAAAAAGUGCGCAGGGGACGCCACAUCCCAGCCCACUUUUGGCAACACUUUAAAAUAUCGUCCCCAUUGUCAAAUAUACGAAUUAAUAACACACACAGAUUGUAAACCGGUGGACAAAUAAGAGUUUAAGCAAUGAGGGACUUAAACAAAACCUCAAUAUAUUGUGCUCAUCCGCAGCUACACUCAGUGGGCGUAAACGGAUGCUUUCUCCAUGGUUUAUAAGACAAUUUUGAUAAAUUAGCUCCUUUAAAUUCCAAAGAAGGUACAAUAAGUGGUGCUUUUGGAACAUAUCUUUCGAUGCAAAUACGCUUCAAAAGGCUUCAAUCCAGAGGGGGCUCUGGCCCCGCCCAGCCCCCUCCAGCCCCGCUUAUUAAGGAGCCAUGUGCUGGCAGGCGGGGCUCUGGCCCCACCCAGCCCCUUCCAGCCCCGCCUAUGAAGGGGCAAUGUGCUGGCAGGGACAUAUCGAAUAAGCAUGGACUGGUGACUUUCGCGCUUGCGGAAUCCAUAAACGGCUAGCGUUAUCGAAAUAUCUGUGUGCGAUUACAAAUGCAAUUGCUCAGGACACCGUAAGAAACAACAGCGCGUACAAUCGACAUUUCCAUUGGCACGGUUAUCUUGUACACUAUGCCUUGACGUCCCAGCUUUCGGGUUUCUAAUAUGUUUUUAUUUCUUUUAAUUCCUUAAAAAUUGUGUUUGUAGGAACGUUAUUUACCUAAUAUUUACGAGUUAGCGGAGUGUUCCUGGACAAACAAAACAAGGCGUGUUAUUUACUAUGGUAUAAAAUCAGUAGUUUAGUUCGAACAUAAACGGAAUCUCGUUCAAAUUAUUUUCAUUUACCGAUUAAAAAUGAGUAAAAAGUGUUUUGGAAUGCAUAAAUGCCAGGAUAUAUUAUCCAUAUUUUCUUACUUCGACAAUGAAAGUGUAACCAUUUUCGAAGUAAGAAAAUAUGGAUAAUAUAUCCUGUCAUUGAUUUAUUCCAAAACACUUCGCGCUCAUUUUUAAUCGCCGAAUUAACUCUGUACUUAUAUAGAUAUAGUUCACUGUCAAACCACAGUAUUACAUAUGUAUGUGCGAUGGCCGACACUGGCAGCAGAGCGUUCCCGUGAUCACCCGGAUGCAUUUCAGUGAACAUAUGCGAUGUCGAGGAUCCAAAAUACCCAGUCCUGGGCUUUCUUUGGUGUUUCAAAUUGAUUUGUCGCAUUAACUUAGACAAAGUCCGGAUGGCUUUAUUCUGUCCCCAGAGUGCUGGGUUGAAAAUAUGAUUACCGCUGCCAUGCUUCAUGUUUUUAGUGCACAAAAUAAGAGAAACUAUUCCGGCUGAUGAUCUUUCUUUAAAUUAUUCCUGGCUGCAACUUUUAAGAAAAUUUCUGGUGGUGCGUCGUCCAAAGGCACGCAUUUAUUAAUCUAACUUUUUAAUGCCAUGUAAAAAAAGCUAUGAGAAACAACUGCAGUUAUGAAUAGGCAUUACGGUAAUACCUGAUGUACUCUAUUGCUGGGCGAAAAAAGCUACUCCAAAACGUUCAACUAAUCGCUAUUUGUUUCAAGACAAAUUAUUUUGUUUGCAGACAUAACCAAAAAGACUAGUCCGCUGUUUGAACUACCAGACUGGUUGAUAGCUGAAAAUUUGCCCGCUGUCUCGGCGAUUUGAAUGCCAGUCACACAUGUUAUAAAACCAAGUCCUCUGAAUGACGGGGCAAAUGUGAACUCAUGGGUAAAAUUAGUGAUUUCUGGAACCUAACUUUACGGACAGGGAUGCGGGCAGAUUGUCGUGGAUUUUAAAGAUGAGCCAGAAGCACAAAAAUACACAAGAAAUUAUGUGAAAUUCCCGAAGGUAAAUUUAGUACACUUUGCAAGCUUAUCGACUGGAGCCCACGAUUUGCGGAAACUCUCAAAAUAAAAAAUCUAUAAGCAACAUUUUCUUACAAGAACGUACAUGUAUUGUUCGAGACUACUAGCUAACAGGUCACAUAAACUUCUGAACAAAAUUUAACAAGCAGACCUAACCAGAAAGCACAAAUAGGGCGCAGGUCGCUUUAAGGGACUACCGUUACAAAGGCCGCCUUGCCGUUUCUGCGAAAGUUUUAAUGGUUGUCGAUGUUGCCUUGAGACAGAGUUAAUGUGGCUUCCGAUGGUGAUGGGGAUGUGUUUAUCAACAUUUUUCGCACCUACUACUCCUUAAACACGGCUACAUCUCUCUCUAACUCAUAGUUGUUUGUUUCGUUGACGUUGCAUCUGUUUCUGAUAAACUCUACAGGACUUUCUUGGGGUUAAUUACGUUGACAUGACAACGUGUCGUCAAAGUGAAUUUCGUAGAUUAUAGUCUGCUGCUUUGUGACAAUGACCGGGGUUUCUAUGAAAUACAAGAAGAUUUAUUUCUCUAAUAUCGUCUCCGACAUCCGUCAGGGCUGCGUCUGCUUGCCAAUUCUGUUCAACUAGGCGACAGUUUUGGAUCUUUGACUUACAUUGGUGGACUGCGCUGACGCUAAAGUAACUUGUGUUAUGCGCAUCAGGGAUCUGAACUAGGCCGAUGCUGUUGCGGUGCAAGCACACGUCGUACUUUCUCACAUAAGUUUAAAUGAAACCAAAGGAGGCACGUGGAGCAGCUUUUUCGGGCAAAGGUGAUAGUUUCGUUCGUGGAGGUCGUAGAUAUCUGUCCAUCCGCGACGAGUGAUUAAAGUCAUGCUUUAGCGGAAGACUUCCGAUUUCUUGGUUCACAAUUUCAAGCAGGAAAUUAAGUCAAAAUGUGCUGAUUGUCGAAUCACCAUUUACGUUUGCUCUGCACCAGAUGUGACCAAAAUCUUUGGAAUUUUCACAGGGUUGGUCCGAAGACCAAACCAUUAGCAUACGCGACCUGGCUAACUUUCUAGAUCGUAACCCACCGAACGGCGGACCCGUGGCUGAGUGGCUGAGCGUCGAACUUAAUUUUCAAUGAGCAAAUAGUCUGGGUACGGAUUACAGAUUAUUCAAGCCGAGCGCUGAAUGUGCCUGACUGACAACGGCUGAUAGGCAAAAAUACCCAUUUCCAUUUCUAGUCUUUAUUGGUACUCAUUCCGAAUCAUUACUGCGACUAACUGUGGUGGCUCUAGACCGAACCAAAAGUGCGCUGGGACGAACAUUUUCCGCCACCUGAUCGGUAAACAAACUUCUCACCAAAUACAUAAAUUUGGGUCAUUAACAAAUUUUUCCGCGUUCCACAGGUCUUCGUCGGAUGAAAAGCAUACGUGCAAAGCGGUUACCUUUUUAUACAUGUCUACAGAUCAAUGUCCUUGCAGUGUCUGCGCCAACGCGCGUUCGUUCUUUGCCAUCGUUUGGUUGGGACUGACUGGCGUCUCUUGUGCAAUUUGUGUUCCGUCGCUGUAAAUUGAUUUGACGCUAAAAGGCGUGGUCCUUAGUUUGCGCGUCCUACGCCACUGCACCAUGGAAUUCAGAGAACUGCCACUUCCGUUCGUGGCUACUUUAUAGGUUUACGGCUACCAGGGGGGGUAAUUUGAAUAAAACCGCAAACGAAUAAUUAUGGUUGAAAGUAAGAUUCAGCAAUUUAACUUUACUCAAACAGUCAUCCUAUGUCUUCAUGGUGUGAUGUUCGAUGUAAAAAGCGAUAUAUGCGGGUGGCCAGUCACAUAGAUUGUAUCUUCCUUUCAGCCUAAAGAAGGUUUUAACUAACAGUCUAAUUUAGUCCUUACAAGGUAUUCGGCAUCAGGGAUUGCUUGCAAACGUCAGAAACGCGUUGUGAGGUUUGGGCAAUGUUCCUGAAGAUGACAUUUGUCUUCCGUAUUUGCAAAGGAACUCCCUUGGUAUUACUCGAUCUUCAAAUUUAAACACUAACUUGAAAAUUAGACAUUCCUUAAAAGGUUAUGACGGUCUCGUUUUGUGUUCGCACUUUCUAAAUCAAUUAUGUAACAGUUAUGCUCUUGAAUGCUAAGCGAGUGUAAUGCCUUGUCCUCUUACCGACCACACCAGAACGCUACUUGAGCGGUGUCUGCCGACAAAGGCGAGAGCACUAGAACGGCCAUUUCUGCUUAUUUGCCGUCGACGAUGAGCGCAUUCCUGACUGCACACCCGCGAUUUGAAGAUUGAAGCAGCUGACCAUCUAGCGAUGCUCUCAUCCCUGUGCUGACGGAUUCACACCAUGUCGGCUGCGAUCGGAAGUACUUAGUCAUAUGAGCGCAGCGCGCACCGACCUACCCUGAUUGAGGGAGGGAAGCCAGAAUUUCCACAUAUACUUGGACCUAAAUGGUCUUUUUAGCAAUGGCUUUCUGGCCCGCCACUUACCGCGUUAUGCACUGUCUCAUCUUAUCUUUCUAAUAUUACUUAAGCGAAUUUCGAUGAAUUCAAGAUUGCUCUAAUAGCGUUGAUCCCUUGUAUUUAUUGAAAAGCAGAUGAAGACCGUGGGCACAAUGUGCACUCUCAUAGCCGUUGAGGUUAUUAUGGGAGAAAGCCCAGCAUUUGUAUAAACUUAGCAAAGCUAAUGUCGUUGAAUUGCGAAAAGGGUCAAGAGGAUAUUUAACUCUAUCUGUUGAUCAGGAAGUGAGUCAUCGAUGUGUCACAACAAAGACACUCCUGUACUCAUUUAGUGAUUGAUUACAAUACGGAAACAGUGCACAUGCAAUGCAGCAAUAUUUCAUGGUAAUCUGGUUCGGAUUUUUGCUCUAACUCACAAUUUCGUGAUGAUACGAGGUGGCGAACACUCACUCAGGGUGCCUUGAUCGUUGGUGUUAGAAAAUUGAAACCGAUGACGACUGAAAUACAAUCAGGACACGACCUUACAAAGAAAACAAAUUCAUUCAUUUCACAAUAUCCUGUCUAGUCGGGGUGCUUUCUAUGCAUCAACUGAGAGAAAGUGACCUGCAAAAUGUAGUGCACAGUUUGCGCUAUGUUCUUUCUAGCUUAAAUCGGAACAGAAAAAAGACAAUUAUGACCGAAAUAAUCUUUAGACGUGUCAGUUCAGUAUACACCCUUCGGUCCACAACUUGGUGAAUGUCUCCAAAGCACAAUGUAUGUGAUGUUCACGCGCAGUCUGCCGGCUUUGUUUAUGCUUCAUAUGCGACAGAACCAGUAGAAAAAGGCACUUUUAAAUUCCUUUAUGGGGUAGUUGUUGGAAUAUAACAGAAAGCCUGUCUACCUCUAAAGUAAUUGGGGUUGAGUAACUUUAAGAAAAUCUCCCUUUGCGAAGAAACAGUAAUGAUCUUGGUUUCCGUAGAUUUGAAAACUCACGAUGCUGCCAUGAUAUUACCGAUGAUAUAAAGAUUCAAUAAUCCAGGUCUUGCGUCUUUUCUCUGGAGUAGAAUUCAGUUGGUCAAAAGAAUGAUGGACCUCGUGACUUAGAGCUCUUCCGCAAAAUAACUGAUGCUGGGCAACGCAAACUUCAACAUUGAAAACUGGUGGUAAUCAGGGGGCCUCCGUCGCCUGCUUGCGUACCUUCAGACAUUGUAGAAAAGUGACCACUUUCGCGGUGCUCGCAAAGUAAACCGCUUAACUCCUAAUUGCUUGUCUGCUGCAUGGGAUCUAUGAGCUUUUUCGUUCCCGAGUAUUCGUCUACUCCUAUUAUCAAAAUUUGUUCUCCCGUCUGCAAGUAAAAUCUCAGGCCGUUGGCUUAUGAGUACCUUAGGAUGAAGCUGAACGCAGUCACAAACAGUGGAAUACAGAUUUGCAGAUUCAAGGAAGUUAUUUCCGAACUUUCAUUUUUUGAGAAAACAGUGCAAAUCGUCUGGGGCUUUGGUGAGCUUGACCGUCAAGGGCUCCGCAUUGUUGCAAUGUCGCAUUCGUUAAAUUUGGUUACUCUCCAUCAUGGAUGCAUCUUCGAAACCGUGUUAAUUUCCUCGAAAAUAAUCCUUCAUUGGUAGACAGAUUCUACAAACCAGCGGAGCAGGGCAUUUUAAUGUCCUCAUGUAAAACAUUUACCAUAAAGCCAUGUUUGUUUUUUUUCUAUUUUAUGAUUUCAGACUUAACAAGGUGGUCGGUCUUACGCCAUGCGAGGGAGAGUCAUUCUGCCUGAAUACUUCAAGCGAGUAAGUGUUUCCGCCCUAAUCUCUUGAUCACUCGGUUGUAUGAAGUUAAAAACCCCCAAUUUUAGGCUGCGGCCCAAUGUGGCGUCAUUUGUCACUUCAAUAAUGCCAGCUGCCGUAUUUCAGACAAAAUCCAUGUUCUAGGCUAGCAUUACCGAAAAAGACAAGGGGGACUGGAAUGGAAAUCACUCGUUCCGUAAAUACGAUCGGCGAGCGCCCCUCUAACAACAAGUCUCUAGACAGGUCUCCUAAUCGAGCCCCAGGUGUGCCACACUUCAGGGUUGGAUAUAGCUGGCUGAUGACGGCUGAUAAGCCAGAAGCGGCCAUUCCAGUCUCCAUUGUCUUUGUCGGUAAUGCUACUCUGCCUAUAUCAUGCGCCGCUGUACGGCUGUUGGUUGGGCUCGAGAGAGAAUCCGUAAGGCACAACAGAACGAGUGAGUUCAGAAGAAGAAGAUGCGAUCAAUGGAACAAGAAAUUUAUUGGCCUGACGUUUCGGAUUCUCACUCGAAUCCAUCAUCAGAGACAUUCGCAGAUAAAGGUGAUGGUGGCACAAGGCGUGCAGUAUUUAUAGCACGUGGUUGCCGUGGGACCUUAUGCGUACCGCAAUUAACAGUUCUCGCAAUCACCGCUGGGGUCGCGAUCGAUGCGGCGGUGGCUUGUCAGUCCGAGUCCGAGUCGUUAAUGGCCGUGAUUUCGUCAUCCGUGCCGGAUGCAGGUGUGAGGAUUGCUCGGCAAAUUGGCUCACUGUCACUGUGAUAAUUGCUUGCCCGCGCCCUCCCCACGUGACUGAUUCCCCUGUCCAGGGAAAUCGUAGCACGGAAUAUGGUACCGGGAGGUCAUUGUGCUUGUUGAUGGAUUGCGGGCCUGAGAACCAUGACUCGAGCAGCUCGCGGCUCACGCGGUUGUCACCCCUUGCGAGGAUUUCAGCCUCUUUAAAUUUGAAAAUAAGGCCGGGUCCCGUCGAGUGUGCCGCCACCUGAGAGCUAGCAUCUCCCCGCCUCAUGAGUGAGUUCCGUAAAUACGAUCAAUGAGCGCCCCUCCACCAAAUCCAUAUUCAUAUCACCUUGGAGAGUCUUGAAGUUUAGUAAAUUGGGGGCUGCACACCGUCUGUUGAAAGUUUCAUAUUCUAUUUCUUGCGCCCCGGAAAUGGGCCACACAGUAGAUACGACGGCUCAACACAGUGGACCGGAUGUUAGUCCGCAGGUGUUAUCAGGGAUGCGCAUCCCUUAUUAAUGUCAACAUUUGGGCUGUGGCGACAGACCGAUUGUCGGCUCACGCCGCGCCAACUGGGAUCUGAGCCACCUGUCCCGUUUUGUUGUUGCAAAAAAUCCUGGACCAGGGGGUGUGGUGGUAUGUCUACAGUAGAUGCGGUAACUCAUGAAAUGUCAACCGAAAUUUCGAGAUGAGUUCUCGUUUCGAAAAGAUUAAUUAAGUAGGGUUGUAAAACUAAUCAUUAUGCAGCAUAAUUAUAUAAUGGUCCAGUUACCGCAGGGUGUCGGCCUUCGAAUGAACUUGCUUCCGUCUGCAUGCAUGAACUACACUUUGCAAAAAUAACUAUUUAUAGUUUCGAAAAUUCCCAUUGUAAAAUUCAAAAGGCAAUUUGGCGAGCAUACGUCUGCUUUCGAUAAAUUCUCUUGAGGCCUGUACAUUUAUAUGGCUAUUGAGGUAAUGAAUUAAAAGAUACGGGCAAGUAGAUAAUUAAGCUGUAGCUCGGGUUUGGAGAGGGGAGGGGAGGGGGGAGGGGGAGAGUGAAACACCACAAUUCCAGUCAGCGCCAGGGAGAAGGUGGAUCCCGGCGAAGGUAAUUACAUGCGGGUGGCUGGCUUGGUGGCUUGGAACCAUGGUAACUGUGGGACCUGUAGGAAGCUCUUCUGUACGCAUAGGACCGGUCGGCGUAGCCUGAUUGCAGCCGCCUCUGCCGUAGCCAACAAGCGCUGCCCGAGCGUUUUUUGAUAGCUUGAUGAGACCUUGUAAAUCACUCUGAAGGCCUCUCUGGCGUCUGCACGGUGGUCUGUGUCUAACAUGUGCGCGAGGAUCGAGCUGUUGAUUUUCUUUAUUUGUCCCUUUGCUAACCAUGCUGGGAGAUGUUCUUUCAUUCUUUUGGAUGAACGCCGGCUCGUGCGACCAAUAUAUUCUGCCCCACGGGAGCAGGUGAAGGAGUAAAUACACAUAUAGGUGGUUUUCUCUGUACAUUUAUAUUGCUAUUGAAGUAAACAGGUCCCACAGUUGCCAUGCUUUAAAGCCACCAAGCCAGCCACCCGCAUGUAAUUACCUUCGCCGGGACCCACAUUCUCCCUGGCGCUGACUGGAAUUGUGGUGUUUCGCUCUCCCCCUCCCCCCCUCCCCUCCCCUCUCCAAACCUGAGCUACAGCUUAAUUAUCUACUUGCCCGUAUCUUUUAAUUCAUUACUUCAAUAGCCAUAUAAAUGUACAGGCCUGAAGAGAAUUUAUCAAAAGCAGACGUAUGAUCGCCAAAUUGCCUUUUGAAAAAAUAACUACUUAAUUUACAUACAAUUUCCUCAUUGAUUUUCGGUGCCCUUGAAAAUUCAAUUGUAUUUCAUGGAACACAUACAUAAACUAUUCAUUGUUUUACUCAUUCGGUAGAAAAUCACGUCUUCUUCCGAUUUUAUACUCGAAAGAAGAGUAUAAUUCGGUUUUAAAAAACUUUUCUAAUUCCCGAAUAAUUUUGAACCCGACCUGCUGUUACACUUGCAUUCAGGGUUUCAACACUACAAGUCGUAUAUUUUCCCUGUACGGUGGACCAUGCAUUUCUCUACGGUAUUAAGACGAGACCAUAUAGGAUUCAUAAAAUUAAGCAGUGGAUUUGAGUAAUAUUGUUAACUUCACAAGCCACAUUCGUAAAUGCAGAUACAUGACGUUUUGUGAACGGUCAUUACACGACGCUAAAAAAUCUCACAGUUAGAAACUUUUUUCGAAACUGAAUUAUACUCCUCUUUUGAGUAUGAAGUUGGAAGAAGACGUAAUUUUCUACCGAAUAAGUAAAAGAAUGAAUAUUUAUAUGCAUGUCCUCCAUGAAAUAUAAUUGAAUUUUCAAGGGCGUCGAAAAGCAAUGAGAAAAUUGCAUGCUAAUUAAGUGGUUAUUUUUUGCAGAGUAUAGUUCUUGCCUGCAGUGGGAAAUAAGUUCAUUUGAAAGUCGACACCCUGUGGUACCUGGAUCAUUAUAGAAUUAUGUUGCAGGCUGACAAGUUUUACUACCCUACUUAAUUGAUCUUUUCGAAACGAGAACGCACUUCGAAAUUUCGGUUGACAUUUCAUGAGCUAGCCCACCUACUGUAAUUGCGGAUUUUUGCCGUGCCAGCCACCUGUAUCCUUUCCCGCCUCCGGUCUUCAUGACUGUCUUGACACUGGGCAGGAGAAGAGAGAGCGGUCUGCUAUCAGCAUAAACUAAUUCACGCGAAGGUUACCGUCCCUGCUCUCACCCUGCUGCGGUGCACACGGUGGACAUCGUCGGAAUCGACGGUCGUACUGUCGAUGCGGAGUUAGCCAACCGUCCACCUUCUUUGCAGUGUCAACGCGAGGCCAGUCUGUUAACAAGUGGGAGAUUAGGUAUUUUAUUUGAAAAUCUGCUUUGUCUAGGAAACCAUGGAACUCUGCUGUUCCUUGGGGACGGUCUUGCUUCUUGUCCACCUAGCAGGGCUUCACAUCUUAGAGGCGAGUUUAGAAGAGUUUGUAUCUUUUGCGAACUGAGUUUUUAUGUUUGAUGCAGUCUUAACAACAAUCAUAGAUGUGCCUUUUAUACUCCGUUGGACUCUUAAGCUACUUAUUUUGUUUCGUCAGGGCCAGGUUCCAAAAUAUGACCGAUAUUGAUAAGGGUCAAUGGGUGCAGUCGAGCUCGGCCUUCGUUGCCACGGCAAUGAGUCUCGUAAGUGGCAUCGUCGGUCUGUUCACCAUCAUCCCGCUUGGCUUCGUUUCCGACAGGUAUGGACGGAGGUGUGCCUUGCUCAUUGCCUUUACAGGCUUUGUCAUCGAAACAUCCAUGAACGGUGAGUUAACACUUUUUCCUCUGUUUCUGACAGUUUUUCUGUUCCUUGUCCAAAUUCCAAUGCAUUUUUUCUUCAUCCGAAAUUGCAUCAGUUCGGUCGGCGAAAAAAGUCAACUUAUUUUUUCAUACAUAUUUUUCAUACAUAUUUUCAUACAUAAUUCCAAACUUAAGUCACAGUUUCAUUCGAUAAUUACUGUGGGUUAUUAGUCGGUUUGUCACGUCUUGGGGAAAAUUCCAUCUGAUUUUAGGUUUAUCGGUUUCAGAAGCCCUCCAAUGGGCCUUAUUUAACCUGUUGACGUCACCUUUUGAAUGGUAUUAGUACUAAAACUGUGCAGUUCGUCCAUAUUUUGAUAAGAAGGUGCUUAUAGUGGCCUAUAAGCCACUUUGCCAUUUUAAAGUCCAAUAGAUGCUUGUUUGUCAAUUUCUUACAUUACUGCUUUCAUCGUAACAGUACAGAGAAUUGAGAUUUUUGGCCGGGUAUGAAAAGAUAUCGGUCGGAUAUGGCUUGGUAGCCCCAACUGAGGUCAACAAACCCCAGUAACCUCUAACACGGGACCGGUGGUAAUAGGGGCUUUUUAAAGGUGGAGCUGGAGAACGCAUAGGCGACGAAGUCGGGCAGUUUUAUGCAAAAGAAAAACUAUUGGGAAUGCGUGGUUGUACUUUCAAUGGUUGAGAAACAAUUGCGCUAACCCCUAACCCCCAACGCAAAUAGUGUUGUGUCUAGCAAGUGGGCUAUUAAACCACAGCUUUCCGAACUAUCGAGUGAACGAUAGGCAUAUCCUGCUCUGCAAGCACUUACGCCUUUACCAUGAAAAGAAUAAUGACAAAAAUGUCACUAAAUAUUUAGAGGGUAAACACCUAAGGGCCAUACGUGCAUUUAGGGUUCAAAACAAACCUGCGAAGAAUUCUACAUACCCUCGCAAUUUUUCGUACUUCUUAUGCUUGACACUGAUUUUAUAGGACUGAAAACCAAGCGCGAAAAUGAAUUAUGCUGACUAUUACCAAAAGAGUUAGGCAUAGCACGUUGCUGUUUUGAUUUGUUUAAUGUUCUCUAAGAAAGUUAAUCCUAAUGGCAUCUGAAACCCGUUUGCAGGCAUCCUGCCGAUAGACUCAGUUUUGAGAUGGGACAUUACAGCCUAGAAGUUUACAAUAAUUGUCACUUCGAAUGGAUAGAUUUGACACUUUUGAAAUUCAAAAAUUAGAGAAGUUUUGCCGACGCAGGCAUGGGAGUUCAGAGUACUUAAUCCUGGUUUGUUGCCAUUGGCUAGUCAAGACCCAGUCUCAGACCGAAGACGCUUGUUUUGCCAGGUCUGCCCUGACUGUGGGACGGGAAUGGAGACUACCGUUUUAUCUUGGCUUAAAUAGGUUUUAUGCUCUCAAAUGACAACCGAGAGAGAAGUGCUGCCAACAAAAACGCAGGAGAACGUAAUGACCAUUUCGGGCCGAGAUCUGCGAAAAUAACGGAAAUGGAGAUUCCACUCACAUUUGUCUUCUUUGUCAUCACCUCUCGAGUAGUGAUCAUUCGUCGGUAUAUGACUACCUGCGAGGACCCCAGACGCGGAGUCUCUAGCCAAAUCAAGAACUUUGGUUUUCAGCCUGCAGAGAGGUCUACUCAGUGAGCGACACUGAUGAACGACUAUAAAACUUCCUGACCGCGUCUGAUGGAACGUGAGUCCGUGGCUCUGCUGAUAGAGCGUCGGUCUCGAUAACUAACUGGAUCCUAGUUCAAAUCGUAGGACAUGCCAAACUGGCACAUGCCUAGCUGACGAUGGUGCAUCCACUAAAACCACCGUGUCCGGUCUCCGCCGUCUUUUGUACAGUAUUUGCCGGCUAUUUUUUAUUGUCAUUCGACUACCUACGAGGACUGUAGACCAAAGCACCAAGACUAAAUUAAGUGCUCUUACGCUGCUUAGAAGAAAGGGCGAAUCGGUGACCGUUACUCUUGCUUGACUUUCAAACCGCCUCCCCCAACUACUGGAAGGCAUGUUAUGUCGUAUUUUUUACAUACGUUGUUACCUGUUGAAUUUUGAUUUAGCCAUACCUCACAUAUGUGUUACAACUUCCUAUUUCAUGAACUAACAACGUUUUAUCUUGUUUGGAGCGUAUAAACCUUUGCUGUUCCAAACAUUCCUCACCCACAUCAGUUAACUUUCCUUCAUAGUCAUGAGAAUGCUAUGAUGGGAUAAAGACACGAUGUAGAUAAAACCGAAGUUUUCACGGCAGAAUGCAUUUCAAACAAAGAGUAUUUGUUUACUUCUUACGCAGCAUCAGCUGUCUAUGGUCGUCGAGGUAUCAUAAGCUGAAGCGGACAGACGGUAAUCAGGAAUGGGCUCCCGCCAAAGUAACCAAUGCAGUUUCAUGUACUGGGGACGAAGGCGACUAAGGCAUUAUGCUUGCGCAUCUUAAAAUUUUUGGCACGGAUGUCUUCUAGCAGCAUCCUGGGAUUACUUGCGGCAGAAGAUAGUUGGGGAGGGGGACUUUAGUGUUUUUACGUAGUUUCCUGAUGCAGGGGCAGGUAGCAUAUAUCAUUGAUUCGGUGAAAGAAUACACACUUUAUACAAACAAAUAAAUUUAUUCCUACAUCAAGCAGUUACUUUCAUUUUGUAGCUAACGAAAAGCUUUUUCUAUCAGACAAGCUUUUUAACAAAAGCGUGUCUGCACCUUAAUAUGCUUCACCAGAUACCAGCUGCUCGCGUGUAAAAUGCAUUGGAAGAUGGGCUUUUACAGCAAGGUCCAGAAAAGCUGCACUUUCCACCUUGUUUCGACUUAAUCCUUUAAACGCCCUACUGACUUCCUCAACGUCAGAUUUCAGCAAGAGGUGAACGAGCAAAGCGAAUUAAUUUCACAGACAGUUCCACUUACCGAUGCCCCGUUAGCCUUCAACCUUCAGUUUACUGUUUAAACAACAAAUGAAGAAAGCGGAAAUGCUUCUUUGACCAUGCAUUGUCGUGAAUUCUAUUACAAGAACAUAUACAAAAUGACGGGAUGGAAAAAAUAAGAGCUAUUAUUCGAAAUGGAUUCAUAUGAGAACGUAUUCUACCAGCAGCCAAGGUACCACACCCAGAAUUCACUGUAGAGGGACCUUCGUUACCACCCGCCUCACAAAGUGCCACAGAUCUGCUAAACUGCUGGUGUUACCGUACUUAGGGCGAACAUGCGCACUAACAUCGCUCUCGUAGACCGCCAUCCGUGGCGCUCUUGAAGCACGCAUUUCAACAUCUCUCUGUGAUUCAGUUUUAUGUCUGAUUAGCGCAGGGAAAGACUGUUUUGCCACUUAAGUCGAGGGUCGAAUUGCGAAUAGACCAGGGCUAUUUUGGUGUUAUUUUCGCCAGAACGCAUAGUCCGUAGUGAAAAACAAUCCAAAUUGCCCGUGCCCGUGCAGCUGAGACUUUGCAAUUACGACCAGCACUUCCAUUGCCGCUGUAUUUUCUAUCUUUCCUCUUUUGAAGUCUCCUUGCCCGUUUAUCCGCGUUGCUUUACUGCUUAUUAUGGCUGCUCUCGAGGUUUAGCCUCUCGACAGCGGGUCUUUUAAGUUGUCGCCUCUGGACCCUGGAGUGCGCCCUGUGUCCGACGUUUCGCCGGGGCGGUGUUAGUCGGUGACACAUGGUGCCACUUGCCAUAAUUUGCAGACCGGAUAAUUGUUGUUUUUGGCUGCCGUUCGUAUGCAUUCAGUAAAGGAAGCUCGUAAAUACCUGACGAACCUUUUUCCUCUACUACAAAUAUCAAAAAGACUGUUAACCAAGCCUGUGUGAACCUUUGACGACGCUGUCCUUCAUCCAAGCCGCAUUGUCUAUGGGGCGCUGCCCACAUAUUUUUUGUCUUUGUCAGACUGAUUUUCGUGAUUUUAGCGGCCACCAUGUUGCUGCACUUGCCUCUUUGGGUCCUGAUUGUGGCAACGCUUCCAACCAGCGUUCUCGGCAACGGUGUCGUAGGUGUCCUAACUCAGGUUAGUUUUCUAUCGCUUACCUUCUGUACGCCAUACCAUGAAGCGUUUUUGUCGUUAAGGUCCACUGAGGGAAGGCUAUGGAAUGUAUAUAAAGUAUAAUUUAUGGAACAGUGGUCAGAAAGGAGGUUGGAGGACUCUUGCUAAUUUUUUUCAUGUAGGAAACCUAAGUAACAUGAACGCCUUGAAUGCGCAGUUUUGUUUCAGUACACAGGGUGAGACAAGGAAAUUGUGUAGACGUUCUUUUGAAAAGCGGAUCAGGAGGAUAAAAAAUAUCCCAGAAUCUACAAUUGCGAUAAGUAGUGUUACAGAAAUGAGAAAAAGCCUUGGACGGGGGAGGGAAUUUGUGACGUGAGGACGCAAGUACUCACGGCAACAUUGCUGUCAGAGGCAUUUUGGUUGUGAUAAAUCCAUACACUAAGCCUAGAGAGUAUACAAAAUAUAGUAUUACGAAUCGGUAAAAAUUCAGUUGCGAGCUGUACUUUGUAUGGUUUGGGUCUGUGGAAAAUGAUCAUGAGGGCGAAAUAAGUGGUUCGACGUUAAUGUGGUUAUUGGGAAAGUACUGCGCCAGCGGGAGGGCGCUUUUUUAACAUUCAUGAAUUAAUCUUUUUGGUCUUCAUGAAUCGUCCACAUUUCUAACUAGCCUCGUUUACUUGACGGUAAUUGGUCAACCUGAAGGUUACGACCUGCUUGGAACGACCAUGCCCAGUUGUACACACGCACCAAAUCACUCCAUUGCACAUUCAGUAUGUUAGCUUUCGAUAGCAAAGAAUACAAAUCAAACUGUCUGCCUUCAUUUUUUCAAGAAAUGACAUCUUCGGAUUCAUCUUCUUGGCCUUAUACAUCCAGGAAAGUAAAUUACGUCGGUGGCAAUGUCAGGAUCAGCCAUUUUAUUCUGCGAUCUCUUGCUCUAACCUCAUAGCAUCAUUUCUAUCUGCUAACUCUUUGGGUGUGACUAGCAAACUUCCUAGGCUCUUUCUCUGGCCUAAAUUUUACUGAUGAAUCACAGACUUCUCAAACUAUCUUUGGUAAGUUAGCAUAGUAGGUGAGAAAUCACGUUGGUGGCCUUAACUGUCUAAAGUUCUGUAGGCGUCUGCUAUGUCAGGAUCAGCAAAUCAUGGCCCUCGCAGCCUGGUACGCGGUGUCGGUUACCUGACGCCUGGUUCCCUGCCGGCAGAUGCUCUUGCGCUCCCGCUGGGUAUAUAGGUCGUGAGCAUGGCUGCCCCAGUCAUCCUUCCCCUUCCGACCCUUCGUAGUGCUGUUGUUAUUGGUUAAAACCCUGGUCCAUUGUUGUGUGCACCAGGGGCUGUGCAGUGGAGCACCAAGGUGCGGGCUCGGCCGCGCUAUCCACCCGCGCCCUCCACUGUCUCCGGUCUUCUUGACUUUGUCUUGACACCGGGCUCAGUUGGGGGAGGAGGAGGGAGUACGGUAGAUUCAGCGCAAGUUUAUGAACUAAUUCCCGAGCAAGUCGCCGGGCCUGUUUCACCUUGCUGUGGAGCACUCGGUGAGCAUCGUCGGACGCGACGGUCGAACAGUCAGGCUUAACUGUCAUAGCUUAAAUUGCUGGACCCAUCCGAAAACCAUUAACAUUUCUGCGACAUUAGUGCCUCCUAAAGUAUAAUUCUUUCUUAAUAAUUUAGGAUUACUUGGAAGCUGACUGAGGAUUAAGGUUGCAAUCUGGCGCAUGGCAGAAGACUGCAGACUAUUGAAAUGUAAAACCCCGACUCAAGGCCCCGUUCUUGAUGUGCUGGCAAUAAGUCUUUUUGGCCUUCAAGUCUAAUGUUAACUAUCGACUGCUUUGAAGCAUUCAGCAUAGAUAGGUGAUAAGGCGAAGAGAGAGCAGUUUUCGUUCAACCGUGUCUUUGACCAAUAACUUCAAGACAAACAAACUCAAACAUACCAGUCCUAAUGUCAACAGGAUCCAUUGGCUCGCCGUUUGCCACAAAGAACUCCCAGCACGCCGAAAUUCUUUUUUGCUCAGUGCGCCUGUACAGGGCAACUGCUUCUGCUUUACAUGGACCAGAUAUUUUUAGUCACCGCGGUCUGAAACCAGAAUGCCCUAUUACUUUAACGUUGUAAAUGUAAUGCCGUUGGCCGAUAUCAAUAGUAUGUUGGUACUUACUUGAAAAAUAAAAACAGAGCACAGGUAACGACCGCUAAAUCAGUUGAAAUAUGGAUCACAUUUCAGCCCACUGUAUGAAUGUUCGAGAAGCAAUGCUUCUCGGGCAUUCAUACAGUGGGCUGAAAUGUGAUCCAUAUUUCAACUGAUUUAGCGGUCGUGCGGCACAUAACCUAUAUCCUUAGGGUUCACUUCCCCAAUUUCGGAUGGUCACAUAGAGGAACAACACUCGCUCAGCCAUCCAAUCAGGUCGCGCAGCCAAAUUUUUAAUAUCUGUGAUAGGACCCGUCGUGGUAUGUCACCUCCUGAGGGGGAUAUUCGAAAGAGCACGCUUCAGCCGAGUCUGUUGGUUCCAAUUAAGAACUCUUCAGAGACGGUCAACACUAUGCUUCAUUUCAAGUCGAGCUUAUCUGAUAACGCGUAAUGUGAGUUCUGCCUGUUCGGAGUCAUUUUCACUGCCGGGGUCAGCAACACUUAUCGGGCGACAGUGUAGCCGACUGUUAAAAUGGCGCAAGACAACUUUGCUGGAGGCCUUGAUGUGUCUAGGCCGUCAACUUUCAUUAAGAAGGCUCACGGAUUCGCUUACUGCGCUGUGUGACUCACUCAACUGAUGCGCACACGGUCAGUCACAGCCAUUCACGCACAUACGCCGCACUGCACGCUCGCUACGAUGUAAAGCCCUCGGACACACUCAGUCAGCAAGUAAAGACAGCAGACUGCUGAAUGUCCGACCAUGGCAAAUGACAAGCCCCCCUGUCACCUCACAAGGUGACCGUAAAAGUGACCUUCGCCUGAAAUGAUUUACGGGUAAGAUGUGUUUUGGUAGCCCCACCCGAUAGACACAGUACUGUUGGGGUUGGGGUUAAGGGUUAGCAGUGAAUGGUUAGGGUUUAAGAUUAGGGGUUAGGGUUAGGGGUUAGCGCAACUACUUCUUAACCAUUCAAAGUACAACCGCGCAUUCCCAACAGCUUUUCUAUUGGACACAACUACUUGACCCCGUCUCCUGUACGUUCCCGGCCCCAUCUGUAAAAACCUCUAUUACUACCGGUCCCCUAUUAGGGGGCGACUGGGGUUUGUUUACUUCAGGCGGGCUACAUAACCACAUCCGAUCGAUUUACGAUAAGAGCGUUUUUCACUGAAUCCACCACAUUCUCUUUUCUCACAUCCACCCUCACCCCCCCCCCGCCCGGAGUUUUACGAAAAGUUAAGUCCAAGACAAUUGAGGGUGGGCGUGGACGCAGUGACUGACGAGGCCAAAAACCCCGUCAACACCUGCUACACAUGAUCCGGGCCCUAGCUUCACACCUGCCUGGUUUCAUUCACGGGGCGACGAACCUGAUUAAGAUGUGGACGUCAUAAGGGCCGCACCCGGCAUAGAGUCAUUGGCUUCCGUCAACGGAUUAUCCCGUCAGUUGGCAAUCAUCCAAGCCGUUGUGGGUAACGCGUCGCGCUAAUCAACCUGUGGUAAGAAGUUGAGAUGCUGAAUUCGAGCUGGAUAGACCUCACUCCCUCUUUCCUCUCUCAAACACUGCUGGCUCGUCCGAGACACACCUGCAGGAAACGAGAUUAGACACCAAGACUAGAGUGGCGUAUCUUGCAGAGGUUAGCGGUAUCAUGAAGGCCGCACUGCGAAGGCGCCAUUACAGUCUAGAGAUCAUUCUAAAAGGGGGCUGGGCCAUCCCGCUAGCUGGGAGUCUUUCAAAUUACAACUUACAGCGCGCCAUGCUAGAAUCAUGCGCACCAGGUUUUUCAUUGUUUAUUAUAGUGUUGGUCUCAUUCUUCUCCCUCUCAUGUACCAGUCGACAGAUGAUGAGAUCUAACGUAGUAGUAAGCUUGAUAUGAAAGCCUCCUCUCAGCGCCCGUCAUACACCUGUUAGUCCUCCAGUUCACUUGGCCACACCUGAGAUGUACAUAUUAUUGUCCAUCGUGUUGACAUUAACAAAUCACAUCCCGUGAAUUCUUCAUUCGUAUUAUCUACUCCCCUGUCCUUGAGACGUAUCAUCAUUCGAUCGUGCCAUUUGCUAGGAUUUUUCCGAACACCCAAAUUACAACAUGAUUUUUCAGAGUCCAUCGCGGUUCGCUGUUCUAAAGGCCUUCGGUAGGUAUUUGAAUGUGACAUAGAGGUUCGUCGGCAUUUCUUUACACCUUUCUUACAGUUUGUGGGCUGCGAUGACAAUGUCGGUCGUUCCGCGUUUAUUGUGAGAUUCUGACUGUGUUUUUGAAAGGAGUCCCUGCUUCGAAUUCGAUCAGACCACUGAGUAACAUGCGGACGAAUGUCAUGCCACAAAUACUGAGGAUAGAUAUGUACUAGUUUUUAUUACAGAUUUAUUGGCUGCCGUUGUGUUUAUUCCGAUUGUUACUUAUUUGAAGCCUUGGGGGAUCUUUCCUUGUCGCUAUAUCUCCUGGAGGAAUAAGGAAAGUUUGCCUAUAAUUUGAAGGCCGCCGUUUUCGUUGAUUUAGGCAGAAAUCGAUUCAGCACCGUGAAAUUUUCGGCUGGGCAUCUUUUGCACUGCUCUGCUAAUCUCCUGUAGGGAAGAUGGACGCUUGACGUCGGUACUGAUACCCACCUGAAGCUUAUCGAUAGCUUCCUCGCGGGGUUCGUUCCGGUGCUCAAUAAUUUGCUGUUUUUCCUAUAGUAGGUUGCGCCAUCCGAGCGGUCCCCUUGAUUUGAUGGCUACGACUGCUGUUAUGAUCGCAGAGAAGUUAUCUAUUUCGCUGCAACCUGUUUAUCCUUGGAUUUUUCGAUCGUAUGGGUCAUCCAGUCGAUUUUGCAUCUCAUUCGACCUCUACCGCAGAAAAGGUUUGGUACCGAAAAUGGUGGCCUUUUGGCAUUGGUCACUGGUUCUUUUUCGUUGUCGAUUAGAUAAUAAGUGUGCGUGUAUUCGAAGUUUGCUGCAGCAGUUGAAGAUGUAUUUUAAUGCAAGUUCUUCACUCUAGUCUCGACGUUAACGUCCUCACUCAGAAUGUGCAGCCAUUUCAGACUGAUGUUCAUGCGAUUCCUAAAAUUCAUUGGGCGUUCAACCGCAUUAAAUGUUACAAUACUCGACUUAUCUACUGUUUUCUUGCCUUUUGGCGGUCUCCGGGGUUGCAGUCGCCGCCUUAUCCUUGAGACAACAGGGCGCCCAGUUUAGCAUGCUGUAGCACACACCGUGCUGCAGCAUACAUCGUGCUGGUCCUGACGUGCUCCUGACGAAGAUGUAGUCCAGCAGUUAGCAGGGGCGCGAGUGAAUGUGCGUCCACGCUGUCUUCUUCCGGUGCAGAAGGUGAUUGUGAUGGUGAAAUUGUGCUCUGCGUGGGCUUGCGGGAGAAGAACAUCACUGUUAAUGUAGUUUCCGACUCCGUGACAACCUAACAGACCCUCCCAGAUAAUGUGGUAUGUAAUUGUGCGAGCAUCAACAUCACCAAGUGCGGUCAGUCACCAGAGGGUGCGCAGAGCUUUUCCUACAUCUGGGCCUACACGACGUUGGGCCUGGCGCUGUGCAGGAUGUGGUAUGCGCAUUGUCAUGACACGUUUGUUCAUGCCUUGCGGAGGUCGAACAGCAGUCUCACGAUGUCGUUUUUGGUGGCGAAUGCGAUAUCAGUGUCUCGUCGCCCUGGACUGUGUUUCUACCCCCCGCUUCAUCAGUCGUCUCGGCUCGGAGAGGCGGAACAACGAUAUCCGACCAUCGAGUUAGCUAGCCGAAGACCUACUCUAUCCUUCCCAUUCCGAUCGGUUAGUCACUAGAUUGUCUCUAAGGGAAGAAAGUUCUAGGCUGCCAAAGUAUCCAGGGUUUUUAACCUUGUGGCGAUUUCAGUACGAAGAUUGAUUCAAAAUGUCUAAUAAUAUUGGGUUUAUGAACUGUCUAUGACUAACCUAUCGACUUGUCCGCACGGAUAUCAGUUGUGAGCAAUAUAGACACUGCUUAUGCUUAAAUGGACCAGCUCACGCAACUGUCUAGGAUCUAAGCACGUUUCACAUGCGUGCUCGUGUAUUGUCUCCAUGGGUUCAUUAGUCGGUAAGUUUAUAACCCAAUGAAAUCACAGGCUUGUUUCAUGUGUUCGGGUGAUGCAAGUUGUCACAAAAGAAUAAGUGUCUUUUGUUGUGCAGUAAACCCCUGUUAGUUGACUCAGAUGUUUGCUCUGAUCACAUACUGGAGGCCAGAAACGGAUUCUAUGUAUACCGAAAUUUACCUCGUCUAACUGGGCCAGAAUUUCGUUUACGAGGUCGCCUAUUAUUGCAUGUCGGGAUUUAUGAAGAUAAGGCUGGGAGGGAUAAUCUGCAUUUUGAACAAACAGGAAAUUCUACUGGUCUACAGUUCUGCAUAGCAGCCUUCAUGACAUGCGGGCCUCCAUGUUAUGUAAAGUGUUAGGCCAUGGGAGGUCGCGAACAUAGGGCCCAUCCAGCAUUGGAACCAACGAAGCAGAGUCCGAUUGUACGGUGGCGAGCUGCUGGAGCGGAGGUUGGAACGAGGCGAACGAGAGCAUCUUAUGCCAGGUUUUGAGUUAAGCGUUUCAAUAUUCUUCCGUAGAUUCUUUAAAAGUGAAGGGUGUACUUUAGUCAACGGUGAACUAUGAUUCACGUAGACAGUUUGAGACUGAUUUGUGACGUCCACGAAGUUAACUUUCAGUAACCCCACGCUGUGUUCAGAAUUUAACACUAAGUUCGAUGGCUAUUGAUAAAAGUGUUUCAGCCUCCGUCAGGUCUAUUUUCUUUUCGGUCAUACAAUUAGCGAUUCACUUGUUGAGAAUGCAGUCGCCUAGAUUAUUUGUUAAGAUUGCUUCUGCAGAUUGUGUAUUCGACUGCUUGAGCAGUUUGACACGAAAUGACUGUUUUUUGUGGACUUUUGAAUGCAGCGCUUUCUUACCGCAUUUAACAAAUAUGUAAGUCGGGCUCGUCAAAAGCAUCAGAUGCUUGGGUACAUGCAAAUGAGGCCGCACUGGCGAGGCUGCCAAAUCGAAUUUCUCUGGUUGUAGAAGAAGAAGAAGAAGAAGAAGAAGAAGACUGCUUAAUGUAGCACGUUUUUAGCGAAUUCCGUUAACUCGCUGAGUCUUGAUAAGUACGCAGUGAUAAGGUCAUAUUUGUGUGCCGCACUGAAGUACAGUAGGUGGGCUAACUCAUGAAAUGUCAAUCGAAAUUCCGAAAUGAGUUUUCGUUUCGAAAAGAUUAAUUAAGUAGGGUUGUGAAACUGGUCAGCCUGCAAAAAAAUUCUAUAAUAUUUCAGUUACCUCAGGAUGCCAGCUUUCGAAUGAACUUCCUUCCGACUGCAUGCAAAGACUACACUGUAAAACACUGACUACUCAAGUAUCAUGAUCUUUCUCAUUGAGUUUAGAUGCCACUAACAGUCCAAUUAUAUUUCAUGGAAAACACGCAUAAAAAUAUUCAUUCUUUUGCUCAUUCGGUAGAUACUUACGUCUUCUAACUUUAAACUCGAAGGAGGGACAUAAUUCGGUUUUAAAAGUUUCUUAUUGUGGGACUUUUAAAUAAAUUGAAAUGGCCGUUCAAAAAUCGUCAUGUCUCUGCAUUUAUCAGUGUGGCUUGUAAAGUUAACAAUGUGGGUCAAAUCCAUUGUUAAAUUUUAUAAACCCUAUAUGGUUCCCCUUUAGUGCCGUAGAGGAAUGUGUGGCUUUCCGUACGCAGAAAGUAGAUGGCUUGUAGUUUGGAAACCCUGAAUUCAAGUGUAACGCUAGAGCGGGUUCAUAAUUAUUCAGGAAUUGGAAAAGUCUUUGAAAACCGAAUUAUACCCGUCCUUCGAGUAUAAGAUUGGCAGAAGACGUAAUUGUGUAUCAAAUGAGCAAAAGAAUGAAAGGUUUUAUGCAUAUUUUCCAUUUAAUAUAAGUGGACAUUUAGGGAGCAUCGAAAAUCAGUGAGAAAAAUUCAUGCUACAUAAGUAGUCAUUUCUUACAGUCUGGUUUUUGCCUGCAGGCGGAAGGACGUUCAUUCGAAAGCCGACAUUUUGGAGUAACUGAGUUAUUAUAGAAUUAUGCUGCAAUGUGAUCGGUAUUACAACCCUACUUAAUUAAUCUUUUCGAAACGAAAACGCAUUUCGGAAUUUCGGUUGGCAUUUCAUGAGUUAACCCACCUACCCUAGUGCUCCUAUGGUAUUUUGUCCACUGAUUCUGCGUCUACCCUGUCCGAGCUUGUCCACUGAUGUGAUGAGGCGUGAUCGGAGACGCCUUUUCGGGGCCUCUUACCGUUCCAUCCUUGAUAAAUACCAAGUUCGAGAAGAUGAUAUAUUUUAAUGAUGCGGGGAAACUUCGGGAAAUGCCAUUCCAAUAUUAGCUGCCUUCGAGUUUUUACAAAUCGGCAAGCCUGCUCUCUAGAAAACAAUCUGGCCCAUAAUGAUGCUUACACAGUUCUGAAAAGAUGCGGAGUGGUAAACUGGUGGUGACCCCUCUGUGUUGUGUGUUGAGGCUGCUGCUGCUGCUGCUUCCGGUUCCGUUGUGCGUCCUCGUACUGAUUUUGUCACGCAUGGUCUAUUGUGUGCGUGACGCCACCAAUCGCAUCACCACUUUUUUGAAAAGUUUGGACAGUCGGCAGGUGCGUGAGAAAGAGAGUGAGGCUGUCACUGGGGAUCAUCUGCUACGACAAAUCAAUGCAUUCCUCGCCGUAAUAAGUCCGACGUGCUUGACUCAAUCACGACGCUCUAAGUCUUGGCCUGGAAUGUCUACCGACUGACAGAAUACCUCGGUUCUCAUGGUGGGCAUUUUGGAAUUACUGGAGGACCGACACUCGGGCUGCGGUGACUCUUCCUCAAUGUGGCCUUUAUGUCAUUGUCACAAAAAUGACGUCGGGCUCGUCCUUUAAGAAGCCUAGUACAUGUAGUGGGGGGUCAGGUCGUGCGUACCACGCCCAUACGGCCAGUUUAGGUUUACCAACCACUGCGUCUGCGCACACCUCCGGUCGUCUCGGGAUUGUCUUGCCACAGGUGCAAGAUGACUGAGAAAAGAGACAGAGUGUGGUAGAUGCUGCACGGGCACGUCUUAUUAGAAAAUAAUUCAUGAGCAGACCGCCGUUGCUGCACCCAUUUCGCGGUAGAGAUCGUCGUUUGCGGCGGUCGAAUUGCCAGGCCACUUAAGGCUGAUAGGUGAUGAAUACCAUGGAACAUCCGACUGAUAGGGGCAGGCCUAUCGAUAUGGAAGGGGUGUGUUGUGUGUAAACAACGCUGAUUUCGUGUCCGACAUGGUUUCGGCCAUAGACUGGGAAGGGGUUACAAAGUGCGGUCUCGCCCGAGGCAUUGAAGGUGAUCUAUACGCUUGGGGACUCUAGAUUCACCUACUGUCCUUGCGGUCUAUGCGUAACGCAGGGGACGUCAAUCCUAAGGCGCUUCCCGUACUAUGUGGAAAGACAAGGAAAAGGAUAUUUUGCUGAACAGUGUGAGGCAGGUGACGUAGGAGAACUGUCGACCAAGAAAAUGUAUCAGCUCCCAAACAAUGCCCUCGCAUCUCAACCCUUGGGUGGGCUAAUAAAAAUUUGAUGCGUUAAGCAUGCUCGAUCCCGUACGGUCACCUAUUAACCUUCACGGGUAUCCGUUUGGUUAAACGUUCGAACUGGCUCGUAACCACCUCUCCUCUCCGCCAGUCGUCGUCGGAGAGGAAACGGAGAUCUAUCUUGUCGUGUGUUUAAGUAUGUAGAUUUCACCUUUUAAUAAACGAGAACAUUGUGGAAGACCAAAAAAUAUGGGAGGCGGAACGUAGGAAUACACAGAAAGCUGAGUACUGAAAACAGGAUUUAACGUCGAAUUUAAUGCACUUUUUCCUACUCCUACUUAAAGUCACCUCGGUGUAAAUAAAAUGGGCAAGAUAAGCGGCGAGCACCAGUAAGAUAUCCGAAGAUGAUAUAUACAUGGUAAGGAUUUACGAGUUGGUCAUGCGUUGAGGAUGACGACGCGGCCUAUAUCCACACGAAUUAUACGUGGUCUGGAGGAAUAGUCCAAGGGAGCAGCUGUAGGGAGUCUAACUGACUAAAGCAUCUUAAAGAACCCAGACUUCUCCUUAAGUGGAUGCCAUUGACAUUCGGCUUCUUGGUCAGUUAGAGGCAUAAUGCAUGCGGUCCAAGUACCGCGUAAUGAGAAUUCUCUUCAAGAUUAUCCAAUCUCUGAGAGUGGGUAGACCAGAUCUCUGUUCGAGACAUCAAGACGCCAGUGAACGCCUUCAUCCACCCCCUCCCCGGUGAACUCCACUCCUCCUGAUGUGCUUUUUAGGAAUUGCAAUUUUCACAGCCAUUGAUAUGAAGUUUGGUCGUAAGAUCCAGUCGACUGGCUCAUCCUCACAAAAUUCAGGUAAACACAGGAUUGACAAGGUGAACCAUUUUCCGACAUAGCCGAAGGAUCACAUGUGAUUGUCGUCGGUUAAAAAAAUACUCAUACGGCGUUCAAAACCUGAAGGAGUUUAUUGUACGUCAUUGUGACGAGCCGCGACUGACACAGAAUGAAGGAAAUUUGAGCAUUACUGGAACUCAUUGAUAUUUUGGCAGAUUUUGAAUAAUUCAUAUUGACCCAACUGUGAAAAACUCGGCGCCGAGUUUUUCAAAGUAGGGUCAAUAUGAAUUAUUCAAAAUCUGCCAAAAUUUCAAUGAAUUACGCGAGCCUGGUAGUCAUCUGGUGGAUUCUAGGUGAAUUACUUAGGAAAUCCUGCUUGGGCAGUCAACUUACUGUAUCAGAUUUGGUGGAUUCCAGACGUUGCAGUAGGUUGGGCGGGUAACUUGACCCAAAUGUGAUUAAACUCGCGUCGUCCGGCGGGGCCUCGUAGCUCAGGUGGUUAGAGCGUUGGCUGCGCUAAAGCCUUCCCCUUACUGCGUGGGUUCGAAUCCCACCGAGGCGCCGAGUUUUUCAUAGUUGGGUCAAUAUGCAUUACUGGAACGCUAGAAAUAUGUAAACAGGAUUGCAGACCCGUCGGUAACGUCUUGAACAUUGAAAACUGCCCAGUCUCGGAGGAUGAACAAACAAUGGCUCACAAUCUCUAGCAGAAAUGAUUUACUAGGACUCCAAAAGAGAAUCGGCAACGUGGAUUGAAUUUUGGUAUGACAGACGCUGACGUGGUCUUCUUCGUUUUUUCGGGUCUGUGCUACGUCAAAGUGGUCGCUCAAAGGACACUCGACACCAUGUCUUCUUGUCAUUCAGGCCACAAUGGAAUGUCCACGUGCUUCUAAUUAAGGCGUUAAAGGUUGGUCCCGAAUUAGUUAUUCUUCCCUAGUUGACCGAGGUUGGAAGUAUUUGUCGAAAGGCUUUGCUCCAAGUUAAUAUUAUUAAUUUUGGAUAAAUUUGUCAGUUAAAAGUUAUUAUGCUUGCUGACAAGGGUCGGUUCACUGUUGGCAUGGACAAGGCGAAUUACUGGAACGACUCCCUGGUACUCCUGGACUAUCUAAUAUAUUAUGGAAAUGGUAGUGUCGUCGCUCAGAUAUCGUUACUCACGAAGAACACAAGAAAUCUUGUUGGCCCAAAAAAGGAUAGUCGUCAACACCAAAGACUGCUAUGUGAUAAAGGCCACGGAAACAUGUAGUGGGAUUCUUUGCCCUCUUUGACCAAUGGUAUAACUUCGGGAGACGGUCACGUUAGGACGUGGUAACUGGUUGGUUCAGAAGCUGAGGGUCUUGCGUAUGGGCUCACAGACUAAAGUUUACCCAAUUCAUGAGUAGCAUGACGACGGCCACAAUUAAUUGAGUGAGAGGGUGGCGUCGUUCCAUUUCACAACGGAAACUCACAGUCUAUACACUCGGUGGUCUGUUGCGUCAAAGCUACGUUGAGAACGACGACCAUCCCACAACUCAGGAUCAGCAAGCUUCGUAGUGCAGUGUUUUAGUAUAUUCUCCACCUUCGACCAGAUCAUAUAUGUGCAAAUCAGGAGCACCGUAAUUAUUUCACCGCGCCUGCUGAUCUGGAGGUCCUCCAAAAUCUCAAAAAAGGGAUUUUAUAGAAGAACAACUCCAAAUGUUGUGGGCGCUACUUUGGCAACGUCUUUGUCAUUACUGAUCGGAAAAAGGUUGCCUUCAAUAAAGACUGACUGAAUCCACGGCUGACCUUUAGUCUGCAAUGGAGGAGGAAAUGGAGGAUAGUCUCCUUCUCUUAGAUAUCUACAUCUGCCACCAACCGGACGGCCUGUUGGUGGCUACGCCAUACUAGAGAACGAUCAGCACGCUUUACCGCACCGAACAACGCCGUCUACAGCACAAGCAAAUAUGUAUACGCAUGCUAUAUUGGUGAGUGCUAACACAUUGAAGUGCGGCAUUCUUCAAGCAGGAGGAGGUCAGACACCAAACGCUUGCCAGAGUUAAUGGACACCUAAAAGCAUUCGUUCAGGGUAGUUCAAUACCUCUAUAGACGAUGGAUGCAGAAUAUGAUCAACUACGGUCAUGGGACUGCAUCAUGUAUAUGAAAUGAGUCUGCAAUAUCGGGGUCAGAUUCCUGUCAAUCGGAAUGGAGGCCACUCAGAGGUCUGAUUUGACACUCCGUCAGCAGGCUGCGCGACCAGAAGACACAAUCACCAAUCAAGAGAAGUAGAUCCUUGUCUCCAACACCAGUGUAGCUGUGGAAGAAAGGCGACAAUUUCAGAGGAGCCAGCCGACAUCUGCGAGUGCGGAUACAUAAACAUAUAAUAUAGUGGACGUCAAAAAUUAUGAAAUACUGGCCAAAUUAAAAAAAGCUAACUAUGUUAGGUAGCAAGAUUACUUCAACUUGAAGUCUUUCUUCCCCGAUAGGAAAUUUAAACAGGCAUAGACAGCCGAAUUCUCUGGUAUCAACAAACCUCGCGACAGUUUAUUAACUGCAACUCGUCUCAGCAUACCAUGGAUAGCGGAAAUACAUCAAUACAAGGAAAUACAAGAAAGCAAGGAAAUAUAAGAAUAAUAUGUCAAUCUGAAUUCGCACAGAUCGCCUAGGCAAAAGAGCAAAGUCUUGGUCUAGUGUGCACAGACUAAUUAAUGAGAAUGGUAGGUUAGCAAUGCAAUAUAGGCAGGAAAAAGAAAAAAAGUAGCACGCAAAGGUGUGUGAGUCGAGGGACUGGGUAUUACCGAGGUAAGCUGACGUUGACCGCCUGGUCUAACUGCUUACGUAGGUCGGAUUUCUCCCGAUGUAGGUAGGCUGCCAACAACUAGAAAAAUGUCCAAGUUUUUCGUGACCGAAGAAAUACUCAACGUUGCGACCGUUAUCUAAGAGGUGUUUCGUGAUAGAAGAACGAGCAGUUUUAUUUUCCUGUUUUAAAAGUCAUUUAGGCAGAUGCUCAACUGAUCUGGCCGCCAGUUGCCUUUGCGUUCGGCCAAUGUGCUUGCAUUGACAAACGCAUGGGAAUUCAUAAAUGCAAUUUGUGUGUUAACUGAAUGAUGCGCUUGUUGUUUUGUCCUGAUUUGUGGGAAAAUCCGAGUUGUUGUAUGUUUCUUAUUCGUUGCCUGUGCUAUAAAGCAACGGGUUUCUGUUGAUAAGCUUUCGCGAGAUUUGUUGUUAGCCAUGAGUUAUAUUGUCUACGCCUGUUUUAAUCCACACGGAUCAUCAAUCCGAGACAUUUCAGGCACAGCUGAAUGAUGGUUUUGCUCGCACACACUUUCAUUGAACAAUCCCACUCGAGAGGCGAUCAUUCCCUAUCUAAUGUAUAAUUAUUUUCUAUUUAUUUGCAUCAAUUAUUCAAGUUCAAUCACGUUUCCGAGGAAGAAUGCUUAAACGCUACAUUCCUCGCAUUCACAAUGAGCAAAAUUACGUUUUCCUCCAAUGCGAAAUCUGAAGGGUUAUUUCCGUUUUAAGCGCGGUUCGUAGGUAGGCGAAUUUUUUGAGACUACCGUUUUCAUUUUGGUUAUGCAGCCUACAAACAUGCAACUUUAGUUCAGCUAUCCCCACAAUUAGGAAAGAUAUCAUAAAAUUCCGGUCAACGUAUUAUUAUUUUCGGCGUCUGCUGUAAAAUGCCGACGUUUUCAAUAACGUUAAACAACCGACGUUGCUAAAAUUUCAGUAAAGGCGUCUUCCGUCUACAUAUUUUGUUUAUACCACCCUUAGAAGAGGACUGCACAUCUUUAUGCAUCCAUUUGCGAAUAAGAAGGACAUGCGUAGCAGCAGAUCACGUACUUGUCAACCCUAAAAUGCGCAUGGCACCAUGCGUGAACCUUGUCUGUCAUGCACCUCGUUAACUACCAUCGAAACUGUCUACGUAAAACGUCUUCACUGUCAUAAACUAUUUUAAAUCUGUGAUUAUCUCACCCCGGUCAUUUUAUGCCGUCUAGUAAAGCAGCGAAGGAAUGUGAUAAUUUCCACACAGCCAACAGACAAAGCGCUAUGGAAAACCAAAAUGGAUCCAAAGAGGAGAUGAUUUAUUCAGUAAAUUGUAUCGGGAAAAUCUGCUACCAGCGGCGGCCUGCUGACCGCAGCUUGCUAGAAAAUCUUUUGGCAUCUCAUUUUGUAACCACAAAUGUGUUUAAUUUUUAUAUGUUUUAAUCACUUCUUGCAGCUUUAUUUACCGACAUGGUUUCCGAACCGCAUUUAUCUGUAAUAACAGUUUUGCAUAGCUUUUCACGUUUCGGUGAGGAGUCUCUUGUUGUUCAUAAAAUCUUGGACGACUUUGCGCACUUUUCAAGUGAUACUGCUAUGCAUUAGGGCAAUUGCAUACACUGCAUUACUAUGGAAUUUGAAGAUCAUGGAAUAAAAGAAUUAUUGUACAUCCUUUGUAAGAAAGGCAACUAAAUGUAUAAUGGCAUGAAAUAUCAAGGAAGAAACAUAUGAGGUCGCGCUUCCUGAGGAUGGGCGUACGUUGCGCAGUCGCUGGGAAAGAUGCCCGGCCCAAAGUCAUAGAGCUAUUGUGUGCGAAGUCAUUUGGAAUCCUGGUCCAUCUUCACGCCGCGUACAAUAAGGCCUGGAGAGGUGAUGUUGGCCCUCUUUUUAAUUGCAUGUCUAUCCACGUUGCCCAGUUUUGUGGAUUUUAUAUGAGUGUAACCUCCAGAGUCGUGUCCUGGACGUACACUAGCGCAUGUCAUUUUAGCCGCAACGUCACCACUCUUCACUAAGUUCUCUUAGAACAGUUUCCCACGCCCAGCAUUCCUGCGCCGAUUAUUAUUCAAAUUCGUCAGCUGAAGGGCAUUUUAUUACUUACGUAAUUCCACCCGAUUGCUGCUUUCCGAAUUUCAGUCAGGGGCUAGUACUAUGAAGGAAAAACCCAAUGGCAAAAAACCCUUUAUUCAGUCCCGCAAAUGUCUUGGGUGCGGACUUUGCCCAGUCACCAUCCUGUAGUCCCAGUCGGGCGGAAAUUGUCACGCUGUUCCUGGUGACUUAGUAUUUGAAAAUUAAAAAUUGCAUUUUGACCCUUUUAGUCCUUCAUGACUGAACAGACAAGACAGUUGGUUGAUUUUCACGCAACGCCUUUUUCCUAGUGCUUUGACAAAUUUUAUGCUCUUUGGAGAAAUAUAAAACGAGGUCAUCCUAUGUGCUAACAGAAUAAGCCCUAGUAAACUCGUGGGAAAAAAAGGAAACUGGUUACUACCUUCGGAAAUCUUCACUUCAACGACCCUGUUAGAAAGCGCUUGGCUUUACGCAAACUUGGAUAAUGUGGAGCAGUUGGGUUUUAUAAACAAUCACUUGCUUGUCAUGUAUUUUGAUUUUCGACAGACAUCCAAAAAAUCCCGUAAGCAGCCAGUUUGCAUAUUUUGUUCCCGUGAAUGUCGCAUGGGACGGCUGAUGAUAAAACGGUCGUCUUCCAAGCUAAGGUUCGCCAAGCGAAAUGUUUUCAGUAAAUAUAAAACGAACUCAUCUAAUCAUCAAUGUAACAUUUAUUUGCGAGUUAAGGCUACAGUUUGUCCUUCUCGAAAUAAAGGGCAGUGAUGUUCACAGUCGUUUUCAUCCAUCUGCAUUGCCAGAAAUCGACUUGUGAUAAUUAAACCUCAAGUAAUCGACAUAUCAUCUGCCUGACAUUUUCCGUCAACCCUUAAAGUCGGUAUUCUACUCUGUACCACAAUUCCGAAAGGGCGAAUUAACAGGUCGCAGAGUGUUUCAGUGGUCACACAGUCUUUCCUUCAACAAAUCAACACUUUGGCUCUCGCAGAACACGAAGUCAGCCGCGUGCCCUUCGGAGUGGGCACCGCACCGUUGAUUUGCAUGUUAAUUAUGGUUUGCUAUCUCCGCCUGAUGGACACAAUACUUUUGGGUUUAAGGGUUAGGGUUAGGGGUUAUGGCUUAGGGUUUUGGUUAGGGGUUAGGAUUGAAGGAUAGGGCUUAAGAUUAGGGGUUAUAGUUAGGGGGUUAAGGUUAGGGUUAGGAAUUAGCGCAAUUACUUCUUACCAAUUCAAUGUACAACCGCGCAUACUCAAAAGUUUGUCUUUUGCAUACAACUACUUGACCUCGUCGCCUGUGCGUUCCCCGGCUCCACCUGUUAAACCCCUUUUACCACCGGUCCUGUAUUAGAGGUGUCUGGGGUUUUUUCGCUUCAGGUGGGGGAACAUAACCUCAUGCGACCAAUUAUUUUACAAUGAGACCGCACUGCGAGGCAUAUACCGCGCUCUCGUCCUCCUCAACAACCAGGCUCCAAAGGCAAAACAGUGUCAGGAUCACCGGAGAUGGGCGCCGGCACAAGAGCUGAAAAAGAUAAACGGCUCGUCCACGCCUGUCACGCACGACUUGGCCUCCGUCAAAUGUGCUAAGCUUCUGUAAGGACCACCCGGAUCUCUCAUUGGGGAGAGUGCCAUGAAGACCAGAUAAGGCUACUACAUCAUGACUUUUAGUCCUCCAGCCGGUCGCUCCACAUGCGCACAGCGCUUAUCACGAGGACCAAGUUCCGCCGUCAGUUGGUAAUCUUCUAAGACAUGAAUUUUUGUGCAUAGUGGUAAAUUCAGGCUCGUUAGAUUUAGUAAGCUCGGACGUGGCGCAGCCUAGGGGCACCUGGGGCUCGUUCACGUGACCUGUUACUUAGAAGUUCAACACCUCUAACCACCGAAACAACCGGUGAGCGACCGUCCACCUAGACUUUCUUUUAAAAUAGGUCACCUGAAUGGAUCAUUGGGUAAAAUUUCGGGUGAAUUGUCGGCGAAAACAACUUUUUUGAAGACAUAGUGCACCGAAUGGUUGUACUGUGUUGCGAAUGAUUGGAUUCUUCUCCAACACGUUCCCUUUGUACUAACAACAAGGUAGUCCCUGCCUGGCUGCAAGGCACUUGUUCGGGCGCAGAGUAGGAUACUAUGCGUGAAAUCUUCUGGAAGGAUUUUGAGGCCGGUGCUUGAGCUUUCAAGCGGAGAAAAUAAUGCUAAGUGACAAGUAAUAGAAUGCAGGACAUCUCGUUCACUGUCAUGCUUAUUAAUAUAUGCCAGAGCUUUCCACUUUCUACCAUAUAACGUUCGAAAACGAUUCAAUCUGAAGAGUUUUCAGCUUAAAAACUACUUAUUUCUCCCUCUUUUCUGUAGACAUGAGGGCAAGUUGUUUGAAUUGUUUUUGCCAAAUAAGUCUUCUCGAAAGUUGUUAAUUUCAGACAGUGAAGAUUACUCUUUUGGACAAAACCUGAGUACUUCGUGCUGCACAGAAAGAUGUCCCGUGUACAUGAAUGUUCGUAAAUUUCCCAAGGUCCCAGAAAGAAUUUUCCUUAUUCUUCAUACAUUAUCAUGUGAUGGUCCGCUGUAUUUAACGAUCUCCUGAAGUAGGCAGUAUGAUUCAACAGUGAUAGAGUAGGUUUCGACCAACGGUGAUCAUUCUACUACCAAUAUCGGCCGUCGUUUUCAUUGCUCCACGCCUAUGAAAUUUGCUUUUGGUUUUUAAGUAGCAUAAACAAACUUUCAUUUUCAUCGUUAAUUCCGUCGACUAAUGCAUACAUACCUCCUACUCAUCUACUCCUAAUAUAAGUAAAAUUACAUAAUCUGCGAUUUGUAUAUGGCUAUAUGCAUGGGUUGCACAAUAUGCCAUAAUUGAGAGUACAGAUACUAGCUAUAGGUCCUAACAAGUGUUUCGCCGAAACCCUUGGCACAGUCGCAUGGGUUUUGGUUCAUCACUGUGUCCCGCAGCUUUCCCUCGGUGCUUCAUGGUAGAUGAUCCAGUUUUUAAGGUGCUGGUUUUUAAGUUCUUCGUAAAUUAAUCACUACCUUGGAGGAGAUUAACAACUAACAAUUUCAAACUUAAAGUACCUUCCAGAAAGCAUCCAGAUAAAAGGUGGGGGACCUACUGAUGAGCUCUUUCAUGCAGCGGCAGAAUGUUGGCGGAAUAUGUGUCUGAGAUUUUAACUCGUACCUGUGCUCUCAAGCAUAACAUGCCACGCAACCCAUGUAUAUACUACUGACGGUCGGUUCUCAUUUUGUAGCCGUAACUGCGGCAGACAAGUCCCAGUCUAACCCCUAGCCCCAACUCCUAACCUUUAUCCCUAACCGCUAUCCCCCACCUCUAAUACCAGCCACUAACUCCUGACCCUAACCCCUAAUCUCUGCCCCCUAACCCCUAACCCGAACCCCUAACAGGUACGGCUAAGAAAUGAGAUCUUGCCCAAUUAAUUUUAAGUGAGUCGUUAAUUUCUGAGGGAAUAUAUAACCUGAAACUAGGGUAUCCUCUCGUAUAUUUCGGACAACUAGCCUGCUUUUAAACACGAACUAUAUAAGAAAGUGUUCCAGCAGGUCUCCUGCUUACAAGUUUUUGGAGCCUGUAAUAUCUUUCCAUCCAGAAAAUGUUAGGAAUAUGCUAUAUUUUAAAGUCAAAAGGGCAACAAAGAGCAUGCGUGUUAAUUGGCUACAUUUUCGAGAUGGUCGAGGUUUGGUUUCCAUGUAAGUAAACGUAUGCAAGUCUGCCAGUUCUGCCCAAUAUAUUAGGGAGGAUAUUUAAUUCGCAGCCUCUUGAUUUAACUAUUUUAACAGGUACCGCUCUCAGGUAACUAUAUACAGCAUCAGAUGUAUUAUACUCCACUUGAAUAAGGCUGUCAUAUUUUGUAUAUGAUAUGCGACUGAAGCCUUUUCUGUUUCGAUUUAAACAAACGACAGCUGAAGGCAAUUCUUUACUUGGGGCAGCUCAUGAUGAACAUGCGAUCUCUGAAAGAACACGAAUGAAGCUGUUUGAAGACUGUAAAUGCAUCAUUUUCGACAUAAAAGAUGAGGAACGUUCAAGAUAGCCAGAAUAAAUUGAAAAUGAGAGGUUAGAAACGCUAGUCGACCAUGACCCAUAUCAAGUGAUUAAAGGAAUGUAGGAAUUAUAAGGAGUUGAUGGGUUCGCUAUGACUGAACGUUUACAUCUAAAACCUAUAGUACAAAAACAUGGCGUUUGGGUGUCAUAUAAAUUAAUUGAAAGAGCACGCGCGAAGUAUUUCUUCCAAGGCACUAUUUUUGUAUCCAUUCAUGAUUAGUGACGAAAAAUGAGUCUGCUACGACAAAGGAUAAAAAAUAAAUGUAAGCCGCAUAAACGGUCUGAAAUAGGUGCCGUGGUUCAACUCCAAAGAUUAUAUGAACGAGUGAUUUUGUUGCUUGUAGAAGGGGUUAGACUAUGGUGUAUGGUCAAUGACUACCGGAGAUUGGUAUUUUUCAGCAUUAAUUGUUGACAUAUAUUGCGAGCAGUUCACCGAAUUAAAAAAGGAAGCGAAUCGAUCUCCAAACUGUCGAUAUUCAAUGGGACUUGGAAUGGUGGGAUAGUGUUCUUUAGGUGGGCACCAACACCAUGAUAAGGUCCAUCUUAUUUUUUUUUUUCAAGCUUUAAGGUCGUUUAAUUUUAAGUCGCAGUGAAAAACUAAGUUGUCUGACUUUGGAAGUCCAGAAAGGCGGAAACCCCAUUUCUCUGCUAACAAAAGUAAACACUUUUUUGUGCGUCACGUACCCUCUGUUUCAAAUCGUCUGGGUUCCCCUACAAUGUUGGUCAAACACUUCCGGUGAUGGAUUUAUAUUAAUGCGACUGCAUUUACCACAUAUGAACCCUCUAAUUGCAGUUAAGUCGCGACAACGAGCAAAUUUUUAGUUUACUAAAUGCACCUGGGUAGCAAAUUGUUGAUGUUCUGACUCUGUUUACCAACAUAAGUCCGGAAUUUAGGCUAGGACCGAGCAUUUUGCUGAUUAAAAUGUUUUUUUUUCCGACACUGGCACCGAUUGUGACUCAAGAUAUGCUACGUCUAUUAUUUCGAUAAACUGUAAAACCUGCCGCUAGUUCGGAAAGUUAUAAAAGCCUUAACCGGCCUACUGCCUAAGGCAUAUAUUUUAACCUUCUUUUUUAAUCCAACAACAAAUUAACAAAUUCUGCAUUCAGUUUCCAUUUCUGCCCACCACAAGGGCUCCAAUCCUAACCGAACGUUGUUGCUUAGAUAGAUAAUCUUAGGAAUUAAUCCAUCUAAAGGAAGAACCACAAAAUUUAAUCUUCUACCAAGCACAAGACGGAUUUAUCUAUCGCCAUGCGAACUUCUAGUCUAAACUGUGCACCUUCGGCGCCAGCUCCUAUGUCCCCAUCUACACCUCUCGACUGUAGUUUUCAUCGCUGCCUCAUCCGAGAAAGGGGUUAAAAAUUGCAGACCAGGAGGUAGGCGUAUCAACCGGUAACGCAUAAACGGUGUCCGACGUGGGCCUUGCUGCAAUCAAAGCGGUGAGCCUAGAUGAGGACCCAUCUGCAACAGACGUGUCUGCCAAAGGACCUUUAAGCCAACCGCCACGUAAACUUCCGUCACCGGUUGAAAAAUGGUCAUGAGAGUGCGACAGCCACGCAAAAGCUGCGACUCCCUGAUUGCCAGUUCUUGCCGUGGAAAUCGGGAUCACGGAGAACACGGGAUAUGACCAAGUAGGAGGUGGACGACUCACUCGGACGUUCGUGACUAACCCUCAGGCUGUUACGAAAGGGCAAUGCGAUGGACACAGGGAAGGCCGCUUUCUGCGGACGUCUGAAUGGGGAGAUGUGUGUGUGUGUGAAGUGGACUCAUUUGUCUUUAAAGCACUUUUAAAAGGUCAGGCGAGUGCAGGGAAGGCGAAUAACCGCAAUUCUGAACGGGUUGAAAAUCCCGUGUUUGCUGUCGCCUAUUUUCGCCAGUUAUUGUUUAGGCCCGAUGCCGUUGAGGCCAGUUGUUUGCUGAAAGCCCUUUUGUGACCUUGCCGUUUUGGGCUACGCCGUAGCGGUCCUGGGUCACCUUCGCGCCAGCUUGUCAACCCAAGUGAAGACGACUUUCAUGCUUGUUGCAUUCGACCUUCUGUACUAGACAUAUGCAGCGGACAAGACUUUCCUGGUCGAUAUCGCGGAAUUCCAUGGCCCUAUUUGUCGGAGAGAAAAGUUGUUGAGUUCCGACAUUUUUCAAGUGCAAGUAGGUCUUCCUAGAAAGGGACGAUAUGUGUUCGUUUCUUGCCUCGACCCUGUCGACAUUUCUUUGAUAGAUACAGUGUAGUAUCCACAUAAAAAGACUCAUACUUAACUGGGCUUAUUUCUCUUUUUCUAGCUUUAUGUCUGUAUUACUGAUCUGACUCAAAGCAGGGCCGUGAGCUGUGAGAAGAGACUCUCUGCGAGAGGCUCAUUGCUGGACUCUACGAGUGGCCUCCAUCCCCGAAGGAUGUCAGUGAUGCAGGCCCGGUUGCCAACUGCUACCGCGACCGUCCAGUCCUCGAUGGCCUCGGAACGGUUGUCUCUGAUUGCACUUUUCGAGGGCUGUAUGGGCGUCAUCCUCUCGAUUGCCACAAUGGUUAUGGGUAAGUUGGUGCACGGUUUUGAACCUAAUGGCUACUUCUAAGCCCCACGUCGGUUGCGUACUUAACAAAACUUCGGCCAGUUUAUCGACUGCACUACGAAACUAACGGCAUGACUCUUUUCUGUUUGAUCAUAGGGCCUUCAAAAUAAAUGCAUUGGUCUGCUAUGAGUAAUAUAUGUGAUCGAAACUUUACAUUUGCCGCUUGACCUGACAACAAUUACACUGCCCCCCUACUACAUUCUGCUUUCUAAAACAAGGGUAAAAAAACUGUCAAGGAGCCUUCCUGACAGGGACAGGGGUACUGGAAUGACUGCACACCCGAGUCGGGCUUCCGGCAACGUUGUCACCGCUGCAUCAACAGGCUUGUGCCAAGUCCGAAAAAGUCCAUUUCCGUCCUGUAGUUAGGCUUGGUCGGUGCGCACCAAUUGUUUAUUUCAUAACAAUGUGUUAAAUUUUAAAAAAAUGUUAAAAAUCGUUUCUGAGAAAUAGAAUUUGGAUUGAAGUGCUUCCAGCUCAACUGAUUUUUUAAAGAAACUUGGCUGGACACCACACCCAAGGCAUAAAACAGGGUCAUGAACAAUGUUGCUAACGUUCUUUCCAGGCGGUAGAGUAAACACAACUUUAGCGUGGAUGCACAAAAAGCUAGUAUUGAGACUCGGUUAAUCGAGUCGAGCACUGAAGGGAGACUAUGACGAGUUAGAGAUUCGAAAAUAGUUUCCAUUACUGAUCAUAUUAAUUUUCGCUCCUACAGCUAAUAUUCAGUAAUCCUGCUCAAAUCAAGAUUCCUCCUCACUCAUAUCUGCUGUCGAAUUAAAUAGUGUUUACUUCUAACCGUUCAGGGACCGAACCCUGUGAUUUUCGGCCUAACAAGGAAAACUCGUCAUCCUUUUAUUCCUCAUAGGUUGUCGCUAGUCCUAUAAGCAAGUUACGUCUGGAUGCUACUUCAAGUUUCU